AUGUCCAACCCCAAUGACAGCACAGUCUAUCUAGAGGACCUUGCCACCAACUACAAACGGCCCAAACGAGUCGCGGAUUCUGAAGCGGAGGGAACCACUGCUGGAAAACGGCAAAAGACACUGUUCGAAUCGUUUGGACCAGAGAAGCGCCAAAAGUUGUCUCAGCCAAAACCGACGUGUUCGACUGGAAUUCGUGCACCUGUUAAAGGCCAGAAACUCAACUCAAUUCCAUUCUCUCUUAGCGCGUUUCAAGCAGCAUUGCCUGACGACGAGGCGCGUAAGCUGCUGGCGCUGGAAUGCGAAACAUUUGGCAAGAGUUGGUUCAAGGUCAUGGCGACCGAGUUUGUGAAGCCUUACUUCAUUGAUCUAAAGCGCCAACUAUAUGAAGAGGGCGUUUGCGGUGCGACUGACCCAGUGCCGGCAACAAUUUUCCCACCUCCGAAAAACAUCUACACGUGGUCAGACACGCCUCUCGGACGCGUAAAAGUCGUUAUAAUCGGACAAGACCCAUACAUCACCAAAGGCCAGGCGCACGGCCUAUCUUUCUCAGUGCCACAAGGAGUUCAUGCGCCGCCAUCCCUUCAGAAUAUAUUCAAGGAGCUUAAAAACGAAUACCCCUCCUUCACCCCACCUGGCCAUGGCACGUUGACUAAAUGGGCUGAGCAAGGUGUAUUACUGCUGAAUACGGUUUUAACCGUCAAAGCGGGAGUCUCCGACUCACAUGCGGGCCGAGGAUGGGAACAAUUUACCGAGCGCGUGAUGCAAAUCGUCGAUGCGUACGGCGGGGCGAACCUUGCUCGCCCCGGUGAAGCCGCUGCCGGUGUUGGGACAGGUGUUGUUAUCAUAGCCUGGGGGUCAAAGGCCCAGCAACGAGUCAAGGGACUGGAUUCGAAGAAGCAUCUUAUUUUGAAGAGUGUUCACCCAUCUCCUAGAAGCGCAGACUCGGGAUUCUUCGGUAAUGGACACUUCCGUAAGGCCAACGAUUGGCUGGAAGCACGUUACGGUGCAGGAGGCGGGAUCGACUGGUGUGCGCUUUAA